AUGGAGGCCUUUGAGAAGAAAGAACAAUCGGCACCGACAGAGACGACACCAGCAUCGCCGACGAUUGCAGACCUCGCCCGGUCGUGUCUAGAGCGGUUUCAAAAAUGCCUCAACAAAGCCGCAGACGUCCAUCCGCGAGAGCUGACUCUGGUAGAAAACCAGGUCGCCAGGUUCUCGGUCUGGGCGGCGAACAUUGGCGUUUUUGCCCCCGGUCGAGGGUCCUUGGACCAUCGCUUGCGUGAGGCACCCGACGUCCAAGACGCCGUUGGCGGGCUUUUGGAAGCCUUGGGACUAAGGGCUCUAAGCUGUCUCGAGAUCUUGACUUCACUCAGCCUGAAGGUCUCUGAGCAGUCGCUGGAAGCGGUAGAUCCCAGUUUUGACCAUGUUCUCGAGGGUGUUUCCAAAGACAUCAGCCUUUUGCACAGGUUGUCAAACACUGGCCGUCGAGCCAGCAAAGACAUGCACAAGAAAAAGGUAGCGAGCGCAUUUCGGAUCCGAGACGAGCAAGGCAAUGACGUCGAAAGCUUUCUGGAGGCGCUCUUUGCUCACAAUGUUCGCGACCAAUUCCCUGGCACCAGCGAGGCCAUCCAGCAACGCCUCGCUAAGACGAUGCUAUUGAGAAGGAAAACGAUCCUGUAUCGAAGGUCUCGUUACGGCAAGACACCGACCCGGACCCGAGAGAAACCUGUACAGCCCGUUGCAUCGCAACCCAGAGUCCGAUGUCAGCCAGGACAGAACCUACCUCAAGUUACAACAACCGCACAAGAGGCAGAGGCUCCAGACGAAACGGCCAAAAGCGUCGCGAGGUCCGCAGCAGUAACUGCCACAACACUGGCACCUGAUCACUUCAAAAAGGCGUCCACCCCAUCGGUGGUUUCGCGGUCGAAGACCGUGGCGCUGAGCAGCCAUGCUGAUUUGCGCUUUCCCCCGGCUCCAUGCGGAGCUCUUACACGGAAGCAUAAUAAAUUCAAAGCCAAGAGAGAAGCUAAUCUCGCAAUUGUUGUCAAGGAGAUUGAGGCCAAGGGGGAGCAAGUUGACGGGGCUUCAAGGGGCGUCGAAACGAGAAUUGGGAAAUCCGGCUUCAACACCGUUGCUGAUGCCGAGGCAGCUCAUAGAGAAGCAUUGAAAGCGCAUUGGGAAGAAUGUCUCAAAGAAUUGGAAGAAAUUGUCUGUCCCUUUUGCUUCUGCACGCUGCCCGUUUCUGAAGUCGUCGACGAAAAGAAGUGGAGGGAACAUGUCAAAAGUGACCUCGACCCUUACGUUUGCCUGUUUGAAGAGUGCGACUCGGGCGAGGAGCUGUACGCCCAUAGCCGCCCCUGGCUCAAGCAUAUGCGCGAACACACUCUGAGAUGGAGUUGCAAGUCAAAGUCUCACGGGCCUUUCACGGCUUCGUCGAGGGCGGACUACCUGAACCAUAUGCAGGAGUCUCACGCCGGAAAGUUCACUGAAGCCCAGCUUGGAGUCCUUGCUGAUAGAAAUGGCCGGGCGACUGGGACUCUGUUCCAGACCUGCCCUCUCUGCGGAACGGACGAGGUCGGCAAUUUGGAUGAUCACAUCAUCGGCCACAUGCGAGCCCUUGCUCUCAAGUCUCUUCCCAGUUACGAGGAAGAUGACGAGGCCCAUUAUCAUUCAGAGAGCCAACAGAGCAGCGGCUCUUCUGCCAAAGCACCCAGCAGAAGCACCCUGAAGAAUGAUGGCUGGGACGUAUGGUCGUCAACCGACGAUACCACAACUCCGAAUGGCGAACAGCCCGAUACUUUCGCUUCGACAACUCAGGACCAAGUAUCUCCAGACAGCCCGGACCCGGAAUUGCCUACUUUGUUCCAUCAGGACGAGGCUCGCGGAGUUCUCCCGAUGGCCGAUUACUCGAGAAUAUUCUCCGGGAUACCACGCAACGAUCACCGACUCUUUGAGUGGGGCUUCAUCGCUGCCAUUCGAGGUUCGCCAAUCGACCCAGAGAACGAUCCAAUCAUGUAUGCAUUUCGCAGACAACGAUAUGCCCUACCGUCAUGGCUGGGCAUAGACCCUGACUGCGCCGUCUGCGGCGCACCAGCAGGUUUGAUGUGUGAUUGCGAGGCCAGAGCAUUGGAUGAAUCUGUAGUGCAAGCGGAAAAUAGGAUGAUGUUUCCUAUUUACAGCGACAUCCGAUCGUGGGUGCGAGGCAAGUCACAAGAUUACGUUCUCAGGACGUUUAACCGAUCUUGUGGGAUCGAACAAGAUCUGCCAGGGGCCGAACGGAAGGUUCCGCCAGCGGAAGGCGAGACUCCCAGCUUGAGUCAGAGCAUGGGAGAUGCUCUUUUGCAACCGAGAGGGGAGGAAGAUGUUACGCCCGGCGAACUGAAUCAUAUCAAGGCCUCCCCAUCGGACAAUCAAUCCUUUUCACGAGUUGUCCAGGAGCGGCAUCUGAGACCAAGGCUGGAGGGGAAAAGUCGUAAUGAAGUCUCAGAUCAAAGCCAACCGCCCAGGGCCGCCAUAACAUUGCAGAAGCACGAAGUUGAUCAAAGGUGGCAAGAGGUCUGGCAGAGGUUCCCCGAGGUACUGGAAUAUCAUUUUUCGCUUUUGGAGGUCCAUUUGCCACCCGACGACGACCCAAACGUCAGCGAUCCGCCAUUAACUACAAUCCCAAAAGAGUCGCGAGAUCAAAAGAAAGCCAACUACGCUGGGAUUUGGGGAAAGGCGUCCACGGGAGACAAAUUUCAACCUUUUAGCUGA